CAUGCGUACUCACACUAACCCAUUACCAUGUCAAACCACAGAAAUGAAACUGUUCCUCUGAAAAAAACCUGAUGAAGUGCUGAACGAGCAGUUUGUAUCGCUGGAGUGUCGCUUGUUAAACAACAAGCCACAACAACAACAACAUGUUUGGGAAGAAGAAGAGAGCUCCGCAGCCCAGAGGCCAGGGCGCUGCUGCUGCCAAGCAGAUGGGUCUGUUUGUAGACCUGGACCCUGAGCAGAUGAUGAUGGGGAUGGAGGGGGAUCUGGACGACCCUGACCUGGAGGCUGAACUUGCUGCUAUCACUGGAAAUAAAGCUGCUGCUGGAGGAAGAGCCAAACCUAAGGGGAAAAGCCCGCUGCCCAUGGAAGACAUCGCAAAAAUGGCAGAUGAGUGUAUGAGAGAUGUGGAUGAUGAUGAAGAUGACAGUAACCUGGAGGACGAUGAAGAUCUAUUGGCAGAGCUACAGGAAGUGGUGGGUGAGGAGGAAGCUGAGGAUGUUUCCUCCGCAUCCUCCGCCACUGCUGAAUCUUCUCAAUCUGAAACACCAGAGUCGCCACCUCCGCAGCAGCCGGAAGUAAAGGUCCCCUCUGCAGCUCCUGGCACUCUUCAGCAUACACUGGAGGAGAGAAUUGUCAUGUACAAGACGGCCUUACAAAAUGCUAAAACUGCAGGGGAGACCUCCAAAGCCCGGAGAUAUGAGCGUGGCCUGAAGAAUCUGGAGUCAAUGUUAGCUGCUGUUAAAAAAGGGAGAUCUGUGGACGAGGCAGGGAUCCCCCCUCCUGUUGCCACUGGAGCCCCAAGUGCCGCGCCUCGUCCUGCUGUUCCCCCUCGACCUGCUCCCCCUGUUCCCUCACCUCCUGAACCCACUCCUUCAGAUCAGCAGGGGGAGUCAGAGGCCACAACGCCACCGCCUGCUGUACCAGAGAUCAUCACCCCUGGCGGUGAAGAGGAGCAGUUGUCCCCCACCACCCCGUACACUCUGAGCACCAUCCCAUCUCCAGAGGAGCCGACAGAGGAGCCUGCCGACCAGCCUCAGACCAGUCCAACAGAUGCCAACGAGGCAACCAAGACUUUGCUUUUGGAGAGGCAGAAAGAAUACAAGAUGGCAGCACUGAGGGCCAAGAAGCAGGGAGAUCUGGAUCAAGCUAGGCUUUACUUCAAGACCAGCAAGAGGUUCGAUGCUGUGAUUGAGGCGUUGGAAAAAGGACAAGCAGUCGACCUAAGUGGCCUUCCUCCAUCUCCAGGACAGGGUCCAGGAGGAGGCUCUGCUCCAGUGAAGGAACCUACUGCUGGGCAAAACGUAGAAGUCACCCAACCGGUUGCAGCAGCUCCAGCCGCUGCACCCCCAUCAGCCCCUGCAGCUCCCAAAGAUGUGUUGGAGGCUCUGGAGCAGAGACGAGCCAAGUAUGUGGAGGCGUCCAAUCAGGCCAAAGCCAGUGGAGAUGAUCGCAAGGCCCGAAUGCACGACCGUAUCGCCAAGCAAUACCAGAGUGCCAUCCGAGCUCACAAAGCAGGAAAAGCGGUCAACUUUGAGGAGCUGCCGGUGCCCCCUGGUUUUCCUCCAAUCCCGGGCCUGAAGGCAACUGGAGCUGAACAGGGACUCAUUGCUGCUCUGCAGGCAGCCGAUAAGCUUGCCUCCACUGAUGCUACUGAAGUAGCAGAUGAGGAAGAAGAUGAGAAGGAGGAGGAGGAGUCGAAGCCUGCUGUUCCAGAAGAGCCAAAGAAGAUCACGUUGGAUGUCCCCACCCCAGGUCAAGGAAGGAAAAGGUCUCCGUCAGCCUCACCUGACAGGACAUCUGCCAGAGAAGGACUUUCACCAACAGCGGUUCAGCAACUGGAGUUUCUGGAGGGCAGGAAGAAGCAGUACAUGAAGGCGGCUCUGCAGGCGAAGCAGAAGAACGACAUGGAGCAGGCCAAGAUCUUCCUCCGCACUGCCAAGGGCUUCGAACCCAUGAUCGACGCAGCGCGCAGCGGCAAGUCUGUGGACAUCAGCACGGUGCCUUCGCCCCCUGGUGACGAAGACGACGACUUCAUCCUGGUUCAUCACAGCGACGUGCAGAUCUCAGAGAAAGCAGAGCAGCUUUACGCACAACUGGCCAAGAUCCUCAAAGAGCAGUACGAGAAAUGCAUGACUCACUCCAAGCAGUUCACACACCUGGGGAACAUCACGGAAACAACCAAGUUUGAGAGGAUGGCGGAGAGAUGUAAGAAGAGUCUGGAAAUUUUGAAGCUGGCUCAGUCGAGAGGUCUGCCUCCUCCGAAACAUCACUUUGAGGAGAGAUCGUUUCACACUGUCAGGAUAUUUCCAGACCUGAGUAGCACUGACAUGGUUGUUAUUAUCGUCAAAGGGAUGAAUCUUCCUGCUCCUAGUGGGAUUCAAACAAAUGAUCUGGAUGCAUACGUCAAGUUUGACUUCCCCUACCCCAGCUCGGAGCAGCCACAGAAACACAAAACAGCUGUCAUCAAGAACACUAACUCCCCAGAAUAUAACCAGAGCUUCACCCUGUCAAUCAACCGUAACCACCGCGGCUUCAGGAGGGUGGUGAACUCUAAAGGCCUCAAACUGGAGCUGCUGCACAAAGGCGGCUUCCUGCGGAGCGACAAGCCGAUCGGGACGGCCCUCGUAAAGCUGGAAAAACUGGAGUCACAGAGUGAAAUCAGGGAGAUCGUAGAGGUGAUGGAUGGGCGUAAACCCACAGGUGGUCGUGUUGAAGUGAAGGUCCGACUGCGAGAGCCGCUGAGCGGGCAGGACAUGCAGACGAGCACCGAGCGCUGGCUGGUGAUCGACCCUUAACGGGUAAUAUUAACGCUGGGUUUUUUUAUGCCACCAUGCUGGUGAUAGCAGUGGCUGGAGGCAUUUUGGUUUCAAGUUUUGUUCGUCUGUCCGUCCCAUUCUUGUGAACACGAUUGCUCAAGAAGGCCUUGAGAGAAUUUUUUCAAAUUUAGCACAAAUGUCCACUUGGACUCAACAAUGAACUGAUUAGAAUUUGGUGUUCAAAGGUCACUGUGACCUAAAGAAACAUGUUUCUGGACUAAACUCAAGAAUUCAUAUGAUAUUAUGACAAAAUUUCCACACAAAUGUCUGACAGGAUAAAAUGAUGAAGUGAUGACAGGUCAGAGGUCAGCUUCACUGUGACAUCAUAAUGCUCUGCAAAAUCACUUUUUUGGCCAUUAAUUAAGAUCAUGUCUCAGGAACAGAACGGGAGACAACUGGACAGAUGCUGAAUUGAUGACUCUAAUCUUGAGUGUGAAUCUUCUGUGCUGCCAGGGGGAAGAUGUGUGUGAAGCAUCCUUGUUUUAGAAUUUGUAGCUUCUUUGCAGCAGCAUUCAUAUUUUGAAGUAUUGUCUUUUGUCAUGGCUGACAUAUGAGUCUGGACUCACAUAGAUGUAAACUGUGACUGCAAAUUGACCUGUUUACGGAGGCAUACAACUGCUUUGUAGUACUUGUAGUUUUUUUUUCUUUGAGUAAGUACUGCAGCUGCUUUUACAAAGUAGAUACUGUUGCAUACAGCUGAGACAUACAACUUCGUCAUAACAAUAGUUGCUGAACAUUGACCUUCUUGCUAAAAAAAAGUCACAAAAAGAAAAGUAGUUUGUAGACAUGAAUGCGCCAUUAUCUGUCAUUUAGGUGUCUGUCAGCUGUCUGCAGCUCAGUCGAUGUGACGUAUCUUCUGCUGUGCAGAGGACUGUGGGUCAGAAUAGUCAGAAAAACAUGUUUGUAUACUGGAAAAUGGACAUCCUGGUAUUUCUGGCAUACUGCAUUUGACAUACUGUGACAUACUGAAUCCUUUUCUGGCAUAAAUAGGUGUUGGAAUGCAGGUCUUAUAUUCAGUGAUAAUAUUUUUGCAGCAUUGUUAUCGCUAAAGACAAAGCUAAAGUUAUGUAAAAGCAUCUGAUGUUAAUUCUUUUUUUAUCUCCAAGGUUGUUGUUUAGAUGCUGCUGAAAGACUUACGAUGAUUCACAAGAUAAAAGAUUAAAGGCACUCAAUCAUAAACACUCGGAGGACAGAGUUUGGGAUGUGAAGAGGACGGUCUGUUGUUCAGAGUCAACUCAGACCUACACGGGUCUUUGACUUGUUAAAACUUUUGCACAUUUGCAAGACACAAGAGCUCCCUUUCACACUGCAGUUCACCAGGAGGAGACAGGGAGCUGGUUUAUGGUAGGUCAGCUGGUCCAUUUGUCUUCAGUGUGACACCAGCUGAUGGACAAAUACUUGUUGUCUAAAUGGAGGGCAGGGUUGCUCUCGUUUGGUGAUUCACACAGAUGGGAUGCAGAUGUAAGCUCGUGAUGCAGCGGGGCAGACUUGUGGGCAACAAGGUGAAGGCUCCUUGAAUCAGAGAAAACUAUUCAGGCAAUGAUCACUGGCUGCUUUUCAUUAUGCUAACUUACACAUCCUCUUUGACACGGAUCAUGGAGAAUCUUCCAAUCCCUUAAAUGCAACUUAAGGAGAGAAGAGGCUUCUGGAGGAGCUUAGAGCGAGGAAACGCAUAUAUAUAUAAACGCCUCACUUCCACAUGUAGCACAGUCGCUUCAGCAUGAUGCUAUGGAACCAAGGGUUUCUCUUUUGCCUGCUUUGGCUCUUCAACUUUGCUGGGAGGAGCCAAACCAUGAGGAAGAGACACGUUAGCGUAAUGAAAAGCACUCUUUUUUUCCCAAGAAGCCUCCUUGCGCAUCACUCCAUCUCCUGGAGGACGUCCGGCAGUGUGUCUCUCUGCUAAGGGGCUCAGUGUCGAGCUAACCUGAUCCUGCUGCCCGGCAUGACUUUAGAUAAUAUAUCAAAGAAUGUGUGCAUAUUCCUCAUAUUAUUACAGCUCUGGUAUCUAGAACUGCACCUAUGCACUAAUACCAAAGUAAUCACUGUUGCUGUAAGAUCCUGCAUAUUUGAAGUCGCCCUUUAGCUGCCAAACCUGUUACGAUGACAUGAGAGCUCAGGAGAGUUUAAUAUGUGACGGGACUUUAUUUUAAAUUAUUUUUCCCCUCACAACUCAUCUGGUUUUCAGUGUGAGAACGCAGGCGGAUGCAGCAGCACCCCUCAAUUAUGUUUUAAAGGAGUAAGCCAAGAAAUCAUGAUACUACACAAGGUACGAUUAUGUAAUCAUUUUAAAGACCACACUCCGAUUUUUGGCACUUUUCACUUUGAUUAGUAAGUCCUCUAACUGUGGUCACUAAACUGCGCACUCACAUAUCUUUGGCUUUAGGUGUGUUAGAUUUAUUUGUUGUUUACACUUAAUAGCACAAAGCAGUGCAGACUCACUGAGUUUAGUUUAAAAAGCUAAAUGUUAAUGUUAUUUAAAGGCAAACAUUAUGCACAUACAGUGGUUAAAAGGUCAUUUAUAAGUAAACAUGAUUGGAUGAGUAAACUCUGAUAGUAUCCUGUACAUAUUUUAGUUUAAGGAAUAGUUUGACCUUUGGGAAAAUACACGUAUUAGCUUUGUUGCUAAGGUCGAUGAGAAGACUGAUACCACUCUCGUGUCUGUCUUUAUUAUGAAGCUACAGCCAGGACACAAUUAGCUUAGCUUAGCAUUAAGACUAGAAACAAGGGGAAACAGCUAGCACAGCUCAAAGUUAAAAAAUUCACCUCUAAAGCUCAUUAAUUCACAAGACUUCAGUUAGUGAUGUCUUAGAGCUGCUGGCAGAUGGAUUACUUUAAACGUUAGACGGAGUCAGGCUAGCCAGCUGUUUCCCCCCGGCUUCCAGUCUUUGUGCUAAGCUAAGCUAAGCUAAGCUAAGCUAAGCUAAUGACCUCCUGAUGCUUCUCAUCAAAAUCUGGAUAAGAAAGUGAUCAAGUGUAUUUCCCAAAGUGUCGGAUGAAUCCUUUAAAUGUGGUAACUACCUUACACAGCUAUGCAUCAGAUCCUGAAUCCUUCAUUGUUUUAAAGGGCCAGUUCACCUAAAUUAUAUAAGGAUUUAUAUUUUCUUAUUUAUUGUUGCGAUAUCAACCAAUGCAGACUGAAUAUGUUUUGUGCUGCUCAGAGAUUUGGAAAAUGAAAUACUUAACAGCAAUGUUGAGAUGGAAAGCUGAUUUUUGACCUGGGAAAUUGAAACUAGGGAAAAAUAGUUGGACAAUAAUUAACUUUCAUUCUCAGCUUUGAGCCAACAUGGAGAAGUCAUCCUUAAAGUGCCUGGAAAAAAUGGAAAUUUGAACAUUAAUGCUGUUCAAACGUUUCGAACAGCUACUAAAUUGACCUCACAGGGAGACUGUUUUGUCUGUUAACAUGCAUUUUCAUAAAUAUAAAGUCCUGUAAAGUAGUUUUAUUGGAGCAACUUUCUACUGAAGAUUUAAUCCUGAAUGAACGCUGCUGGUUUGAGUUAUAAAGGUAAUCAGAUCAUUUCUGAAAAGAUACGAUGCUGUUAAAGGUUUAAAGUUUUCUGUGGUGAUAAUUUGAGUGAACUGACCCUUCAAAGGUUUCAUGCAUAGGAUUUAGAGGCAUCUAUUGGCAAACAUGGAAUAUAAUCUCACAAACAUGUUUUAAUUUGUUAAUAAUCACCUGAAAAUAAGAAUUGUUGUGUUUUUAAUACCUUAAAAUAAGCUGUUUAUAUCUGCACACGGAGCGGGUCUGCUUCCACGGAGUCAGCCAUUGUGUUCUAUAGUAGCCCAGAAGGGACAAACCAAACACUGGCUCUAAAUGGGGCCAUUCUGCAACCUCACCACUAGAUGCCACUAAAUCCUUCACACUCAACCUUUAAAGUUUUAACUGCAGCAUUGUGAAACAUGCUCCACAAGAAGCCAUAACACACACACUGAGUCAACUACAUCAAUACAUUUCCCAACAUGUUUACCUCAAAACUGUCUGUAACAUUAUUACGUUACUGUGGUCACAACAUUUCUUUGUUUCUCCAUUUGAGGAAAAACAUCAUCAAUGCAGCGUUAAUAUAAAACAUUGGCAUAAAUAUUAACACUGUUACCCAUCACUUUAUUUUCUGUUUAAACAUACUUGUUUACAAAGAUCGAUGAUGUCAUGUUGUUUAUAUUUACAAAAUGAUAAUCUCUGUAAUAAUAAUCCCAAAAACAGAAUUAUGGCUAUAUUUUGUUUUUAAUUGAAGACUGAAUUUGCCUACCCUGCUUAAAAAUGUACCAAUUAAAAAAUAUCUGGUUUUAA